AGGCAAAUCCGUCGUCAUAAUUCCUAGACCUCUAUAGCUAUUACAAUCUAAUAUCCCUUGGGGUCUCUAUCUCUUCUCCGUCUGUGUUAAUUGCAUAUUUCAAUCUUGAUCAAUGGGUUUACCACAGUUCAUGAAGAGUACCGACGUAGAGGCCCAAAAAAAUGGCCAACUUUACCCUAAUCAGAUGGAGACGCCUCAGCUCCGCUGGGCCUUCAUCCGCAAGGUUUACAGCAUUAUCUGCUGCCAGCUGGCUCUCACCGUCGCAGUCGCCGCCGUCGUGGUCACUGUCAAAGAGAUUUCCAAGUUCUUCCAUACGUUAGAAGGACUAAUCACCUUCGUAUGCCUCAUCAUCCUUACCGUAGCCAUUGCUAUUUCGUUGUGGUGGUUGCACAACAAGCAUCCUUGGAAUUAUUUGCUGCUUAUUUUGUUUACCUUUGCUGAGGCGAUUGUGAUCGGGGUCUGUUGUUCAUUUAAACAAGGGAAGGUUGUCAUGCUGGCUGUGAUUCUGACGCUGACGGUGGUUGUUGGCUUAACUGCAUACACAUUCUGGGCAGUUAAAAGAGGAGCGGAUUUCGCCUUCCUUGGACCAUUUUUAUUCGCUGCAUCGCUCAUGCUUUUUACUUUUGCCCUCAUUCAGAUUUUCUUACCUAUGGGGCCGUUAUCGAAGACUAUAUUUGCAGCCUUGUCAGGGAUUCUGGCCUGUGCUUAUAUUGUAUACGACACAGACAACAUCAUCAAGCGCCUGAGCUACGAUGAGUACAUCAUGGGAGCUCUCAAUAUAUAUUCCGAUAUUGUCAUGCUGUUUCUGUCAAUUCUACGUUUGCUCGGUUAAUGAGUUAAUUACCACUGCAGAGUAAAUAUCAGUUACCAGUAGAGUAAUGUCAAGAGUAGAUCCUAACUUCAGUAAUUCUCUCAUCUCAUCACCCUAUCUAAUUGCUGUAACAUCCCUUGCUCGGUGUAAUCAUACCAUGGCACUAUGCAGACAUUUUUGCAAUAAUAGCUGAUUUCAAUUGCAUUCA